UUCAUUCCCCGUUUUUCUUUCUUUUCUUGUUCCCUCGUUUUAUUCUCAUUCCUUCUAAAUUCUUCACAAAGGAACAAUUUCCUCCCAAAGCCCUAAAUGACCGUCAAGUCUCUCCUCCGCCCAGGAAAUCGCCUCCACCAUAGUCAACCUGCAUCGCUCGUCUUUGAAGCCUUUGAAAGGAAAACCUAAUCAUAAAGCACAUGCUCGUUGGCUUUCCUUUUGGUCUGUCUCCUUUCCUUGUUGACUCGCCACUUAAUUCCCAGAUAACGCCUUUCGAUCUAUUGGUUCAUCAUAUAUUGUUGAUUUAGAUCGUACAACUACUCAGCAGCAACAGCGGCGUCGAUCACCUAAUAGCGUAGCGGUGGCGGUUCUGUUGGUGAUCUAGAACACUUUGAAAACUUUUAGUAAUUACAAAAAUUACUAAUGAAAACGCACAAUGAAAGCAAGAAAUCGAAAACGCACAACGAAAGCAAGAACGGUGAGUAGCAGCAAACAACUGAAAUCGACACGUCCAAAAUGUUUGAAGGUUCCAAAAACGAUAGAAGCAUCAAUCCCCAAUGUUGGGUUGCUAUGAAUUUCAAACAAUCAAUUCCAUACGCACUUCUCCAGACUUUUUCCCUGGAGGCUUAUCGGGAUAUGGCAUCUGCACUUUCCAAGGCUGAUGGAAUUGACUAUACUGACCCUGAAGAGUUAUUGGUUGCAACAAUAAUGGAUCUUGAUGCAAUGGAUGGUAAAGGGAGUGUGUCGUUAUUGGCAAAGUGUUCAACUUCUCCUAAUAACACAAUCAAAUUCUUCUUUAAUCCAAAGACUACUGCUAAGGUUCAUGUUUUGGGCAGCACAUACCAAAACCAACUCCUCAAAAUGAUUGAUGUCGGGGGCUCUUCGAUUUGCUUAGGAGAUUGUCCUCCUGAUGCCAUUCUCCCUCACGAAGAGUGCAACAAGGCUAACAAAAUUGCAUAUUAUUCUGAAUUGCAUAAAGUUCUUGGGUGGUACCUACAACUGUAUUAAAAAGGUUGGUUACAUGCGAUCACAAAAGGGCCAAUGGCACCAGAGACCAUGAAGGUUAGUUUUGUGAUUUUAUUCCUAAUUAAAAAAUUAGUUUUGGUGUGGUAGACCGCCCAUUAAGGUCAAUACAAAUGUUUCAAAGAUCAAACCCCAAAAGAGAAAUUUCUGAAGACUAAUAUGUAAACACGGUAUUUUCUUUCAUCAACAUGUUGUUUCAUAUUUUUUCGUCCGAAUCGGAAUUCAAUUCCAUUCUAGUCCUGCAUUUAGUUUAGUUUCAAAUGAGUUAUGAGUAGACAAUAAUGUCCUUUAUCAACGGAAAAGCAUGCUUCCAACAAACACCUUCUGUCCUUCCAUUGCAGGAAAAAGUAAGUAGAACUCCCUGUAAGUUAAGUUUUGUUUCUUCUUUUUGUUUUGUUGAUUAAAUUUCUAGUUUAGUUGUUUGUUGCAAUCCAUUCCUUUUUGACAUAUUGAUGAAGAAAUUUCUUUCCUGCAGGAAAUACCACAACUCCCUGAUCUCAAUCUUAAACAAAAAGUAGAAGAAUUCAGGAGUUUAGUAUCAUCAGCUUAGUAUCAUCAGCUGAUAAUUUUAAAAAGUUUUGGAAUUCAUCUCCUUAUCAUUUGGAGUAUCCGAGUGAAGGUGGUAAAAAGAAUGGAAGUAUUAUUAGAAGGCCUCCACAUGAUGUUAACUAUUGACUAUGUUCCUGCAGAACUAGGU